AUGGCCAAGGCAGUUCAGAAUGUAUUUAUUGUCGCCGCCAAGCGCACGCCGUUUGGCACAUUCGGAGGAACAUUAAAAGACUUCACUGCAACUGAACUUGGAGGCGUCGCUGCAAAAGCAGCGCUUGCUACACUCCCAAGCAAACUACCCAUAGACUCGGUGAUCUUUGGCAAUGUUACCCAAACAGACAACACGGCACCCUAUCUUGCCCGACACGUUGGUCAUCGUGCUGGUUUACCUGUCACUGUGCCUGCCUUGUCCAUAAAUCGUUUAUGUGGUUCAGGGUUUCAGGCUGUCAUAAACGCUAUUCAGGAGAUUCGUGUUGGAGAUGCACAUGUUGUGUUAACCGGUGGGACUGAGAGUAUGAGCAAAUCACCAUACACACUUCAUAAUGUUCGUUGGGGAACGAGGUACGGGAUGGAUUUAAAGAUGGAAGACUCCUUGGCAACAGCAUUGGUCGAUCAGUAUCCGACAAAGACGCCAAUGGGUAUCACUGCCGAAAAUUUGGGACAGAAGUAUAAUAUCACUAGGGAACAGUGUGAUGAGUUUGCCUUGAGCAGUCAGAAGAGAUGGGCAGCCGCCAAAGAAGCUGGGCAGUUUGAGAAAGAGAUUGCUCCAAUGGAGGUAAAGACCAAGAAGGGAACCAUCGAGUUCGCAACUGAUGAACAUCCACGUCCCCAAACUACCAUUGAGUCACUUAAAAAACUACCGCCUGUAUUUGUAAAAAACACUGGUCUUGUUACUGCUGGCAAUGCGUCUGGGAUCAGUGAUGGUGCUGGAGCAGUUGUAGUGGCAAGCGAAGAAGCUGUGAACCAGCACAAGUUAACUCCUUUGGCUAGAAUCGUGAAUUACUUUGUAGUAGGAGUUGAGCCAACGAUUAUGGGCAUCGGGCCUGUACCAGCAAUCAGGGGUGUCUUGCACAGAGCUAAUUUGAAGUUGGAGGAUAUCGGCUUAAUAGAAGUUAAUGAAGCCUUUGCUGCACAGUAUCUGGCUGUAGAAAAGGAGCUAGGACUCGAUCGGAGCAUUACAAAUACGAACGGCGCCAUCUCUGUUGGCCAUCCUCUUGCAGCGUCGGGAUCACGUAUUCUUGCUCAUUUGACGUAUGAAAUGCACCGAACUGGUGUCAAAUAUGCACUUGGGUCAGCUUGCAUCGGCGGUGGUCAAGGCAUAGCUGUAAUUCUUGAAAAAGUAUAA